GCAAUUAUUAAGUUUGCAACUGUACGAUAAAUAGUGCACUGAUUCGUAAAAAAUUAUAUUUUAAUCGAUACACUUGUGUUGUUUUGGUUACGCGUGAAAGUAAACCUCGAUAGGUUCCAAUAAAAAGGAUAUUUUCAUCGUGUUGAUAUUUUAAAAUAUAAAACAAUGUUUAAACGCAAAUUUGAUGAGCUGGAAGACAGCAGUAACAAUAAACCAGUAAUAAAAAAUUCUUUAGAUUCAGACGAAGAAGAUGAUGAUGCCAAUGAAGAUAAUUAUAAUGUAAUGAGUGAUAAUGAAUUUGAAGGUGUUGAGGAUGGGCCAACUGCUCCAGAAGCAUCUGUGGGCUUUACAGCAUUUAAUAUGAAAGAAGAAUUAGAAGAAGGACAUUUUGAUAAAGAGGGUCAUUAUCUUUGGAACAAAGAGAAAGAAAUUAGAGAUAAUUGGUUAGAUAAUAUUGAUUGGAUGCAGAUCAAACCCAGUGCUACAGCAAGUGUAAAGAAGGCAAGUGAAGGCAAUGAAAAGCAUGGACUGGCGGAUAGUGAUAGUGACGAUGAUGGUCCAGAUAUUAUGUUUAAUCCACUUCAGAUUUACAAACAGAUAUUGGAGUAUUUAAAACCAGGAGAAACAGUUUCUAAAGCUUUAUGUAGGCUUGGUAAAGGGAAAAAAAGGUUAACUACAGCGGAAAGGUGGAAACGAAAACAAGAAAAGAAACCUAUUGAAGAUGAUCAAAAUUCUAUUGAUAUAACAAAAUUAACAGAAUUAGCAAAUGAGUUGCUAACUCGUACUGGAAAUAUGGAUAUAUACCAAGAAAGUUAUGAACAAAUUAGGAAAAAGAUUGAAAUGGGUGAAAAACAUGCUCAUCCUUCAAAGCAAGAAGCAGAGUUAGAUAUGUACGCAGAUGAUUUUGAUGUCAAAGAAAAAGCAAAAUUGGAUGAAAGUGAAAGUAAUGUUAACGAAACCGAAAAUUCUGCGAAAGAUGAGGACAAAGUGAACGAAGUAACGUGGGAAUUCAAAUGGUCGCAAAAUGAAAGCGCGGAAAUUUACGGUCCACAUUCGACCGAACAAAUGUACGCGUGGGCGAAAGAAGGAUACUUUAAAAACGGAGCUUGGGUUCGAAGAACAGGCCAGACCAGCCAAUUUUACAACGCUACCAGAGUGGACUUUGAACUCUAUCUGUGAUGUUUCGCUCUCGCAUAAUCAUUUAAUAGGAGAGCUAGGACUGUCAACUUUUGAAUGAAAAUUGCUGAAUCAGCACUUCAUUUUAUUUUAACGUAAUUGGAAACAACGUAUAAUCUAACAAUAAUUAAACCAAUAUCGUGUUAAAUAUGUACAAUACCGUUAUAACGUUUAACAAGCAAACAUUUUGGUAUAUGAAACAAUAACACAAUAAAUGUCGAAAAUAACAAAUUCUCUCGUUGCAUUAUCAGUAACAAUACUGAAUAAUAAUUCAUUCCAUAUGCGUCAAAUGUAUAAACAGACAAUUGUCCGUUCAUAAUACAUAUCGCACAAAUAAAAAUAUUUACGGAAUA